AUGGGCAAGGCGAAGUACAUCAUGCUCGACUGCGACAACACGCUCGUCCAGUCUGAGCGUUUCGCGUUCGAGGCCUGCGCCGACCUCACCAACCAGGUCCUCGAGAAGCACAACAUCUCCGACCGCUACACAGCCGAGUCAUUGCUCGAGGACUUUGUCGGCCACAACUUCCGCGGCAUGCUCAAUGGUCUGCAGAAGAAGCACAAGUUCAAGAUGAACGACGCCGAGAUGGAGGACUUUGUCGCGCAAGAACUCGGAGCCGUGACCCUCAAGCUCAGCCAGAAGGCCGUCGAGUGCCCCGGUGUGACUGAGCAGCUCAACAAGCUCAAGGAGCAGGGCUACCCCAUGUCCGUCGUCUCUACUUCCGCCAAGAGCCGUGUCGUCGCCUCCAUCGAGAAGGCCGGCAUCGCCCACUUCUUCCCUCCCGAGCACGUCUACUCCGCCGCCACCUCACUCGACCCCCCUUCAUCCAAGCCCGACCCCAAGAUCUACCUAUACGCUGCUGAGCAGCUCGGUGUCAAGCCCUCCGAGGCCGUCACCGUCGAGGACAGCAAGAGCGGUGCCACUGCUGCCAUGCGCGCGGGCAUCCCUUGCAUCGGCUACGUUGGCAUCUACGGCAUCGAGGAGGGCAAAGAGAAGAUGGAACAGAUGGCCAAGCUCCUCACCGAGGAGACCAAGUGCGCGGCCAUCAUGUACGACUGGAAGGAGUUCCCAGAGUGCCUGAAGAAGGUCGAGGCCAAGUUGUAA